AUGCUUACCACCAAGAAGAAGAUUGUCAAACCAGCCGGUAAGGAACCAACCGAGACUGAAAACACCAUCGCCCAAGCUCUCUUGGAUUUGGAGCAAAACGACUUCAAGGAUUUGAAGGAUCUCCAAAUUGUCUCUGCCAAGGAGUACGAUGUCUCCGAAGGAAAGAAGGCUAUCGUUAUCUUUGUCCCCUUCCGUCAACUCAAGGCUUACCACAAGAUUCAACAAAAGUUGGUUUGGGAGUUGGAAAAGAAGUUGGGUGGUAAGACCGUUAUGUUCAUUGCCCAAAGAAGAAUCAUCCACAAGGUUUCUUCAACCAACAAGGUCAAGCAACAAAAGGUACCAAUCUCCCGUACCAUCAAGGCUGUCCACGAUGCCAUGUUAGACGACCUCGUCUUCCCAACCAACAUUGUCGGAAGAAGAUUGAGAUACAGACUCGACGGUACCAAGCUCCACAAGGUCUAUUUGGAUCGUAAGGAAAUGACUGUCACCGAACACAAGCUCGACUCAUUCUCUGCUGUUUACCACAAAUUGACUGGUAAGGACGUCGUUUUCGAAUUCCCAGUUCAAUCUGCCUCCUCUGAACAAAACUAA